AUGUAUCCGAUGACUCAAAUUGUCACGGGAAAUCUGCCGAGCUACACAACUGGAGAAGAAGGCGGACUCAUUACUGCGCAAGGUUGGGCCUGGGCUGCUGCUCUUGCUCUUUGCGGAAGAGACGGGUACGAGACGAUUAUGAAUAAACUCCGGACUCGUGAAACCUACCACGCAGUCAAACAAGCGCACCCAAAACUCAUCGCUGAAAGAUUCGGCGAGUUCGACAAGACCAUUCCUUCAUUUGAAAAUCCUCAAGUGGAUGAAACUAUCAUCGCGAAAAUGAUCGACGCGAAGGGUUCUCCACUUUUGGCCCCGGAGAGUUUUUCAAAGCCAUGCCAAGGACUCAUAUUUUCGCUGCGGAACAUGAUGUGCUUUAUGAUGAUCAAGUCGCGUUUACAAAAGUGGCGAAAAUGUUCGGAUCGGACAUUCAGAUGA